CCUUCGGCUCGCCAUUUUGUCAACAAAAGCAAAUGGUGGAACGAUAGACGACGAUUGUAUUUUGGUAUAAAGAUCUAUUUCUUCUCAACUUGUAGGUUAGCGAAUUGAAAUGAAGUGGUUAUAUAAAGAAGAACACCCCUUCGAAAAGAGGAGACAAGAAGGGGAAAAGAUUAGGAAGAAAUAUCCCGAUAGAGUACCGGUUAUCGUUGAAAAGGCAGCCAAAGCAAGAAUAGGAGACCUUGACAAGAAGAAAUAUCUUGUACCAUCAGAUUUAACAGUGGGACAGUUCUACUUCCUGAUCAGGAAAAGAAUUCAGCUGAGGCCCGAGGAUGCACUGUUUUUCUUUGUAAAUAAUGUCAUUCCUCCAACCAGUGCAACGAUGGGACAACUCUACCAGGAUCACCAUGAAGAGGACUUCUUCUUGUACAUAGCAUACAGUGAUGAGAGCGUCUAUGGAGCAUAGGACGUCCUUGCACGCCGGAGCCUACGAGGCUGGAUGCCUGCCCAUAUGUGAUUUAUGAACUUUAUCUGCCCUUCAAUGAAAGGAACAACAAAAAAUACAUAAAAAUGAAAAAUCUUUGAAAGUAUAAAGAAAAGCCAACAACAAAAACAAACAAACCUUAAUGUAUUAUAGCGGUAAGCACUAGAUAGUUUUAAUCUGCACUGACAUUGUGUAUACCUUUGUCUGGUAAAUGCCAUUGUGUCAUCCAAGUUAUUAUGGUGAUAUUGUUUUUUAUUUCACUUUUAUUCUGUAAAUCUGGUAUGAGUGUAUAAUUUAUAUAAAUGCAAUCGAUGCAUUGAUAGCUUACCCAAUUUGAACUUUAUCUUCAAUUUUUUUUUUUUUGACUUGGGUAAAUGAUGAAAUCUUGAAUUGAGGAGGUCUGUCAGUAUUCAUUUAUAGUUCCUGUAUGUGCAUGAGUUUAAAAGGAAGGCAUAGCAUGUUGGGAGUGUGGAUGUUCAUUAAACAGCCAUUGCGCAUGAUUGUGCUUGUCUGCGCUUCAUUAUCAAUGCAUAAAAUUUAGAGGCUCAUAUUCAGCAGAUUACAAAAAAUGAAAGGAGAAUGUAUCGCAGCAUGCCAUACUGCGAACAUGGAGGUAAAUGUCUACAGCCAAGUCAGCCAAUUCUUGUCUCAUGGCCUGCCUUUUGACCAAAAAUGCACACUUUGACAAUAAUUUUUGGUUCAAUUGCCCUGCAUUGAAGUGGGUUAGUCCUGUAUUUGUAAAAAAAAAGUUCCUUCUCAACAUGAGUGAGUUGGAAUGUUGAAUGAAAUUCAUUUUAAAGUAAUUGUCACUAAUUUCUGUGCACUCUCCUUUUAAAAAUGCAGGUCAUUUGCAUUUGUUAUUUUG